AUGGCCAUGUUGAAAUUCCUCGUUACCGGCAUGCUUGCCAUGGCUUCGGCCGUCAACGCCGCUUAUCCCAACCCCGGCCCCGUCAAGGGAGCCCUCACUGUCCACGAUCCCACCGUGGUCAAGACUCCAGCGGGAGGAUACAUCAUGGCUCACACUGGCGACAACGUUGCUCUCAAGACCUCGUCUGACCGCACCACCUGGAAAGAGGCCGGCCCUGCUUUCCCCAACGGCGCACCAUGGACCACCCAGUACACCAAGGGCGAGAAGAACCUCUGGGCCCCUGAUAUCUCGUACCACAACGGCCAGUACUACAUGUACUACUCAGCCUCGUCCUUCGGAGAGCGUACCUCUGCCAUUUUCAUGGCCACCAGCAAGACAGGCGCGUCUGGCUCGUGGACCAACCAGGGCCUGGUGAUCGAGUCCAACAACAACAACGACUACAACGCCAUUGACGGAAAUCUCUAUAUCGACACCGACGGCAAGUGGUGGCUGUCGUUCGGAUCCUUCUGGUCCGGCAUCAAGUUGGUCCAGCUGGACCCCAAGACCGGAAAGCCAAUCAACAAGAACAUCAUCUCCCUCGCCAAGCGCGACAGCUCUGUCGGCGGCGCCAUCGAGGCUCCCUUCAUCGUCAAGAGGGGCAACUACUACUACCUGUGGGCCUCUUUCGACAAGUGCUGCAACGGUGCCGCCAGCACCUACCGCGUCAUGGUCGGUCGCUCCAGCAGCAUUACUGGCCCCUACGUCGACAAGGCCGGCAAGCAGAUGAUGUCUGGUGGUGGUACUGAGAUCAUGGCCAGCCAUGGAGACAUCCACGGUCCUGGACACAACGCUGUCUUUGCUGACAAUGAUGCCGAUGUUCUUGUCUACCACUACUACAACAACCAGGGAACUGCCCUCCUUGGUAUCAACCUUCUCAAGUACGAGAACGGAUGGCCCGUUGCUUACUAG